UUUUUACAUACCCAUGUCAUAAUCUUUACAUAUAUAUUCAUGGUUAUAUCAAAGCAUGAAUCUUGUUGGGUCUUUUUUCAAUAUUUUAACUUUCUAUGAGAUUUUAAGGACACCCACAAGAGGUUUUCUUGUUUUAGAGAUGUUGGUAUAUGUUGGUUUUGUUUUGAUUGCUUUCUUGUUUGGAAUUAUGGUUGGAUGGGCAUGGAAACCCAUAUGGGUUAGCUUUGGAAAUUGCACAUUUGAUAAUGGUUUGCAAGUUAAGAAUCAAAUGGUUGAGUCAACCCAUGACCAUGACCAUGACCAACAAUUGGUUCAAGUUGAGACCAAUCUUGAUUUUGGGUCUAAAAAAUUGGACAAUUCAAGUUGCAGUUCAUCGGCUGUCAAUAAAGAUGAGGGUUAUAUUAAAGAUGAAGACUUGAGACAUCUAUGGCAUCUUGUUGAGAAGAGAGAUGGAGGUCCCCCAUGGAAACACAUGAUGGACGGGUCAACUUCAACGAUGGCCUACCAAGCAUGGCAAAGAGCCCCAGAGAGGGGUCCUCCACAGUAUUGCAGCGUAACGGUUUAUGAAGAUGCUACACCUGAAUUAUUAAGGGACUUCUUUUGGGAUGACGACUUGCGUCUAAAGUGGGAUGAUAUGCUUUUACAUGCGACAAUCCUAGAAGAAUUUCCGGAAAUAGGAGCUAGUGUUGUACAUUGGAUACGCAGGUUCCCUUUGUUUUGCAGUGAUAGAGAAUAUACAAUCGCACGACGAAUUUGGGAACUAGACGGGUCAUUUUACUGUGUGACAAAGGGAGUGCCAUGUCCUACAGUCCCAAGAAAGCAGAAGCCACGACGUGUUGAUGUUUAUUAUUCAAGUUGGUUUAUACAACCAGUGAAAUCAAAGAAAGGGAAUGACACCCGGCCUGCCUGUGAAGUGACAUUCUUCCAUCAUGAAGACAUGGGCAUCCCAUGGGAAAUUGCAAAACUUGGAGUAAGGCAAGCUAUGUGGGGAACAGCAAAGAAGAUUGAGCAAGGGUUCAGGUGGUACCAAAAAGAAAGAGCUAGUUUGAAGACCAUAUCACACCAUAUAGAAAUGGCCCGAAUGAGCACCAAAAUCGAUCAAAACUACUUGAACCAUUUAGAAUCUGAUGACAAUGAAGACAUGGCUAAGAACGAAGUAGCAGACCAGCAAGAGAAGCAAACAGGGUUGACCAUUCCUAAGCUUCUAGUUAUUGGUGGAGCAGUCAUCCUUGCCUGUACUCUUAACCGUGGGCUCUUGACAACGACCGUCGUAUUUAAGGUUGCAAAAAAAUUUGGAAACUUGGGAAAGCGAGCAUUCCCAACAACACAGUUAUAAUAUACACACAUAGACACAAGUACUUAGAGUUACAAUAAUAUGUUGAUAUACUGUAUUUCAGUAAAUUCUUAUAUACAUUGUCAAUAUAAAUUAGUCUUUCCAAAUGCUA